AUGGGCUACACUCUGGCCGCUGCCCAGCGACAGCUGGUGCCACGGGGCUUGCCCAGCUUUUCCAAGUUCCUACAGGGAAAGGGGUUUCGCUACACCGAGCAAACGACGCCACCGCCAGGAAGCAGCCUCCUCGCCUCGGGGUCCGGUCGGGGCGUGAGGGCCGGGAGGGUCCCACGCCCCGAGGCUAAGCAGCCGAAACCACAGCGCGCUCGGGGCCAACCCGGGCUGUAUCGCAGGCGCAGAUCGCACGUCGGGCGGAAGCUCGAAGCCGCCGGCUCAACGCGCUCAGCACCCGGGACUGGGCCCGGCCUGCAGCCGCAGGGAGAGGGCGACAGGGGCGGCGCCACAGAAGCCGACGCGUCCCCAGCCCGCCUGAACGCGCAGCAACAGCCACCUCGCCCCACCCGCCCCGCGGGGCGGGGGCCUGGCCAGGGUCCCGCGUGCGCGCGCGCGCUCGCCGCAAGUCCCGCGGAGUUUAACACAAUGCCGACGCCUACGCCGUGCGCAACGCCCCGGCCGGCGAAACAGCCCCAGCGCCGGGGGCGGGGGUGGCCCAGACAGGGAGAGGGGAUGAGCGCGCGCGAGAGCCGGAGACAGCGCGAGACCCGAGGAGGCCGGAAGCGCGCGAGCCGCUGCAGCUGGGAGAAGCGCCAGAGAGGCCGGGCCUGCUCCGGUCGGACCGGAUCCCUCCCUUCCCCCUCCCUCCUCCCUCCCCUCCCCCAAACCCACUUCCGCAGCUCGCGGCCUUGCCGCCGAAGCAGCAGCGGCGGCAGCAGCAGGAGGCGGCGGCGAGGCGUCGGAAGGAUUACGCACCUGACGGGCCCGCCUCCGAGGGCUCCAGCGCGGGACGCUCACCGGUCGCCGCCGCCCAGGGCGCACUUCGCGGUGGCGGUGGGAAGGGAGGGACCGGCCACGGGGAACGGAACGCGAAUCGCCCCCCUCCCCUUCCUCCCUCCCUCCCUCCGAUCCGCCGCCCGCCCUCUCGGCUUCCGUCCCCUCCCCCUCCCGCAAAACCCCGGAUGGAGCCGCUGCCGACUCGCCGCCGCCUGGCUCCGGGGGAUGGUUUUGUCAAGCGGCCAGAGCCCCGGCGCCAGGCGUAGCCGCCACCGCCCCCGCGAGGCGCCCCUGCCCUCGCUUCCCAGAACCGGUCCCCGAGUGGCCCGGGCCCUCCGCCUGCCUGCACCCAGAGCCCUGGGACGAGGGUCAUUCGUCGUCUUUGUUGCCACUGCCGCUGCCGGAACCGUUUGCGAGCUCCGGUGGCCCCCGCUCCCCCCCCCCGUCUUCCCGUACCCUGGGCUAGGGGUGGCACGUGGGCACCGGCCCCGGGAGGCGGAGGCGGUGCGCGCUUACCUGUCGCCGGUGCUGCUGCGGCGGGGGGUGUGGAGGAGGCGUUGCUGGGCAGCCUCGGCCGUGCUGUCCUCCCCGCCGCCGCCGCCGCCUCUGCCUCUCGCUGCUGGUGCUGCUGCUGCUGCCGCCGCGGUCGGUGUCUCCGGCGCGGCGGCGGCGGCGGCGGCGGGGCUUUUCCUGUCCGGUUACGUUAAGGUCACAUGACCGAGAGAGCGGAGAGACUUGUGCAAAGAGGCUGCGAGCGGCUCCCGCCGGGGGGGAGAGGCGGCGAGAGAGCAGUGGCGGCAAGAGCCCCCCCCCCCCCCCCCAGCCGCCCCCCCCCCCCCGCCCGCCUCCGCCUCCUGCUGCUCUGCCGCCGCCGCCGCCGCCUGCAGCACUCCACUGCCGCUCCCACCCAGGCUCCGCGCUCUGCUCCAGCCAAACUUCUGCAGACCAUGUGCAGCUGAGGCGAGGAAACUUCUCUCCACCUAUUGGGGCUGGAGGCCUGAGUCACAAGCCCCUUGUUUACAUAAAGUGUUUAGGUAGGACCAGUCCUUGAGAUGCUCCGGGUAGAGAUGGAGAGCUACUGCUCAUAUCCUUCUGCCGGCUUCUGCUUGGGAUCUUUUGGCCUUUACCCUUGUCCCUUGACUUUCCGUGUUUGUUUUAAACCGGGGAGAUACUGUAAACCAAUAUCUUUCUGUCACCAAUGGUAACUGAAAGUCAUGCUGAAGUACAGAUGCCUGUACUGUGCACAGAGGUAGAGGUGCUUUCCUUUUCCUUGCAGAUUAGUUGAGCGACGUAAGAUGUUUCUGUUAGGGUUGAAUUUGAUGGUUGUUUCAGCAACUGGAUUUUCCUUUUUGAAGUUUUGGCCCCCCAAAAUGAAAGUCUGCAACGCAUGUUUGUUAAUUUAUUCUCCUGUUAGGUUUUGGUCUUUGAGGUAUGGAUUCCAGUGUUGGCUAUUCUGUUAGAUUUAGAGGUGUGGAAAAUCAACGGGGAGAUCCUGAAACAUGGCAGAGAAGUUAGAAUUUCCUGGUCAUUUUUAACAUUUUAAAGUUUACUUUUGGUUGUUGCCAUUUUUCUAGAAUUCGUGUGUUUUUUGGGGAAAUGCAGUUCAGUUCUUUGAGGAUUGGAAUUUAAUGAUACGUUUACACAUCUAGGAUUUUUUGAGAUUUAGAAAGGAUAUGGCUGUAUUCUUAAGGAAGUGGAGGCAGCAGUUUCUAGGAUACUCUGGUUUCAAGUCAUGCUAACCUCGUUAUGAUGUCUAACCCAUGUUGGUUUACAGUCUGACCACCAGCACAAUGCCUGGCACAUAGUUUAAAUCAUUUAAGGCAAGCUUACCAUCCUAAGACAAUUUAAUACAUAGAAGUGUCCCUCCUAAAAAUAUUUUAUUUAGCAAUCUAGUUAUACCUGCAGGUACUGAUGACUAAUUCCUUCUUUGAAGACAAAAUAAGCAGCUGUGUAGCUUCAGUGGCUCUCAGAUGGAUAAUAGAUUCAGUGAACACUUGCCUUGAACUUUACUGUUUUUUGAUCAGCUAGAUAAGUGACUUUAGUAGGUAAAUGUCUGCCUCCAAAACCAAAUGCUGAUCUAAGUAUUCUACUGCACCGCUGUCACUGGAACAUCAAAGUUGGCCUUCAGACUGGCAUGUUCCUUGGAUUGGCUUGAGUAUUGAGGUCCAUCUCAUCUUAUUAGGAAACUAAAAUGAUGUUGAUUAUUUUGUGGAGAAUCAUAGAGAUCUGUAGGUUCUUAAUUCUUUUGGACUUUCAUUCUGAAAUUUUUCAACCUUAUGGUGUUGGUGGAGUGUUCAUGUGAAAAGUGAUACUGAUUUAAGAAAAAAUAAAAGAAAAAGUGGGCAAAACUAAUGCUAAACUUGAUACCAUUGGGCAGAAAUUUGCCUAUGUGUGUAGAGUAAUUGGUCUUGAGUCAAAGUAACUAUGCUUAUUUUUGAGAUCACUGAAUAUUUCCUAGCGCUACACUCUAUAUAGGCUUAUGGAAAGAAACCCAGGGGUGAGCCCAGAAACUGAAUAUCAGUCCUAAAGAAAGCCUAUCAAGUGCAUCCUAUUCUCUUCAAGAGCUGCUACUCGAAUUUAGGACUGGACUGGUUUGCUGCUCGUUCUCUUGAGGCAUAGGCAGCCACAUUUGAAUUUUGCCAAGUAUGCAGAUAAUUCCAACUUGUAGUCAGGAUCAUCAAGUAAUAGCAUUAUAAAGAGAGCUAAACAGACUAUAUUUUCUAGAACUUGUUGAAAUAGAAACAUUUAUAUGGAUACAUACAUCUUCAAGGUUUGAGGAGAAAACAGCCCUGGCAGGUAAGAGCUAGUUAGUGUAUUUCAGGAUAGGGCCAAGGGAAGCUUUCAGUUCUCUACUAAGUCUCAUUGUGGGAAAGUCACAAAUGUCCCUAGUACAGUAAUAAGAAAAAUAAAAAGGCUGAGCGUGGUGGCUCACACCUGUAAUCCCAGGACUUUCAGAAGGGUGGCUUGAGCCCAGGAGUUGCAGAUCAGUCAGGACAAUAUAAGGAAAUCCCAUGUAUUAGAAAAAAUGAAUUAGCCACGCAUGGUGGUGUGGGCCUGUAAUCUCAGCUUGGGAGGCUGAGGUGGCAGGAUCGCAUUCAGUCCAGGAGUUUGAGGCUGCAGUGAGCCAUGAUCGCAUCACUGCACCCUAGUCUGGGCAACAGAGU